AUGUCACUGAACUACAUCAAGAACUUCUAUGAAGGAUGUGUAAAACCUCCAACAGUGAUCGGCCAAUUCCACAUCCUUUUCUUUGGAUCGGUCCGAAUGUUUUUCCUUGGGGUGCUGGGCUUUGCAGUCUAUGGGAAUGAGGCUCUGCAUUUCAGCUGUGAUCCAGACAAGAGGGAGAUAAAUCUCUUCUGCUACAAUCAGUUCAGGCCAAUCACUCCACAAGUGUUCUGGGCUUUACAACUUGUCAUCGUCCUGGUUCCAGGAGCCAUUUUCCAUCUCUAUGCUGCAUGUAAAAACAUCAAUCAAGAAUGCAUUCUUCAGAAGCCCAUUUACACUGUCAUUUAUAUCCUUUCUGUUUUAUUAAGAAUUAGUCUAGAAGUGAUAGCAUUUUGGCUUCAGAUUCACCUAUUUGGUUUCCAAGUAAAACCUCUUUAUUUGUGUGAUGCCAGAUCUCUUAAGGGGAAAAAUGAUAUCAUAAAAUGCCUGGUGCCAGAACACUUCGAAAAGACCAUUUUUCUCAUUGCUAUGUAUACAUUUACUGUCAUUACAAUAAUACUAUGUGUUGCUGAAAUUUUUGAGAUCAUUUUUAGGAGAUUAUGCUUUCUAAUUUGGCAAUGA